AUGACUGCUUCAACACCAUACAAAAUAGAACAUCCUUUUAAAGUUGCUAUAAUUGGAUCAGGCAAUUGGGGUACAGCAGUAGCCAAAUUAGUUGCUGAAAAUUGUGCUGAAAAACCUGAAAUUUUUCAAAAGGAAGUACCAAUGUGGGUAUAUGAAGAAGAAAUAGAGAAUGAUAAAGGACAAAAAAGAAAGUUGACAGAAAUAAUAAAUAAUGAUCAUGAAAAUGUUAAAUAUUUACCAGGAAUUCAAUUACCAACUAAUUUAGUUGCAAACCCAGAUAUUGUUGACAUUGUUAAAGAUGCUGAUCUUUUAGUAUUCAAUAUUCCUCAUCAAUUUUUACCAAGAAUAAAUAAACAAUUGAAAGGUAAUGUUAAACCAACAGCAAGAGCCAUAUCAUGUUUGAAAGGUUUGGAAGUUGAUUCAGAAGGUUGUAAAUUAUUGUCUACUUCAGUUACAGAUGAUUUGGGAAUAUAUUGUGGUGUUUUAUCUGGUGCCAAUAUAGCUACUGAAGUUGCAAAGGGUAAUUGGUCUGAAACUUCAGUUGCAUACACAGUCCCAAAAGAUUUCAGAGGAGAAGGUAAAGAUAUUGACGAAUACGUAUUGAAACAAGUUUUCCAUAGACCUUACUUUCAUGUAAGAGUUAUUCAAGAUGUUGUUGGUGCCUCGAUUGCUGGAGCUUUAAAAAACGUUGUCGCUUGUGCAGUAGGAUUCGUUGUUGGAGCAGGAUGGGGUGAUAAUGCAAAAGCUGCAAUAAUGAGAAUUGGUAUAAAAGAAAUCAUUCAUUUCGCAUCUUAUUGGCAAAAAUUUGGUAUAAAAGGCUUAGCACCACCAGAUCCAUCGACUUUUACUGAAGAAAGUGCAGGAGUUGCUGAUUUAAUAACGACUUGUUCAGGAGGUAGAAAUGUGAAAGUUGCUAAAUACAUGGUUGAACAUAAAGUAGAUGCAUGGGAAGCUGAAAAAACAGUCUUAAAUGGUCAGUCAUCACAAGGUAUAAUCACAUCUAAAGAGGUUCAUGAAUUAUUAGAAGCAUACAAAUUACAAAAUGAAUUUCCAUUAUUCGAAGCCACAUACAAAAUUAUAUAUGAAAAUGGUAAAGUUGAAGAUUUACCAGCAUUACUAGAAGGCGAAGAAUAG